UGCUCAAAACCCAAAAAGAAGCCCUUCAGCCUGGGGCAGUUUUAAACUGCUUUUAGGUAAUUUGGCUCAGAACAAAUCUAUGCACUUAAUUUGUUCUGGUUUAAAAGUAGUACAUGCUCAUUAUAAAAAAUAAAUGUGGAAAACCAAAAAAACAUGGUGUAAAAAAGAAAAUGAAAAAAGCACCUGUGUUCCCACUCCUAGAGAUAAUCGCUGUUGACAUUUUGCUGGAGUUGAGAUUACAUGCGCAUACCAUUUUCUUCCCUGCCUUCUCACCGAAUCUGCAAUGAGCAAUUAUUUUUUAUGUCAUUUCUCUUCGUAAACCUGUUCAGAGGCUUUAUACCGUCUUGUAUUGUGGUACCAUAAUUUAUUUAACUUAUUCCCAAUUGUUGGACAUUCAGGUGGUUUUCAGUUUGUCCCUAUUGCAGAAAACCCAGGAUCAUACAUUUUUGUACAUUAAGUGCUGAGAAGCCCUACCCACAGCCAUAGAGUGUGUGUGUGUGUGUGUUGGGGGAGGGGGGUAAUCCAGGAAAGGCCAUGUGACUUGGGUUCCAGAAGCUUAGCUGGGUGUAUUUUGAUCAAGAGAGGGUGGUUGGCAGAGCAGGGAGAUGAUCUGGGACCCAGCUGCCCCUGCCUGCCCUAGACAAGUGCCCUGCAAAUGUCCCCACAGUCUCCAGAGCUCCGGGGCCUGAUUCCUGCCCACAAGUAUCCUUCCUUUCAAAACUUCCGGGAGAUUGGACAGGUGACUUUCCAAGGCCUCCUGGUGAAGCAGAGAGAAGGCAGGGCAGGCUCUCUGAGGACUGCUCAGCUGGCCCAGUCUCCCCAUCGGGGAGCUGCCCCCAGAACCAUGGAGAGUCUAAGUGAACUACAGAACCCGCUGCUGCCCCAGAGCACCGCCCACCUCCAUGGCCCCUACCCCUACCCUGAGGCCUCACCCAGCUGGUCGUGCCAGGAGAAGCUCUACUCCUACCUCCUGGGAGGCGCUGGCCCUGCUCAAGCCCACCAGCUCCUGGAUCCAGAGUCCCUGCAGCUCGCUGUGGAGGCCUGGUACAGGCCCAGCUGCCUAUUAGGGAGGGACAAAGUCAAGGAGCCCAGGGCAGGCAGCUGUGAGACCAGCUUCACAGAGAGCAGGGAGCCCCAGGCUGGGCCCAUGGAGCAGUCCACAGAACAUGGCCAAGUGGAAGAGGAUGUCACCAUCCAGACUGUGUCCUAUGGAGUUCAAGAGGAGCUGCAGGACCAGGAGGACUUCCAGGAGGAGGAGGAGGAGAGUGACGGAACUUCGACAGAGAGUGAGAGUGAAGACAACUUCUUCACACUGCCCCCCAGGGAUCACUUGGGGCUCACUAUCUUCUCCAUGCUCUGCUGCUUCUGGCCACUGGGCAUCGCUGCCUUCUACUUCUCCCAGGGGACCAGCAAGGCCAUCUCCAAGGGGGACUUCCGGCUGGCCAGCACCACCUCCCGCCGGGCACUCUUCCUGGCCACACUCUCCAUCGCCGUGGGGGCUGGUCUCUAUGUGGCCGUGAUGGUGGCUCUGGCAGCUUACAUGUCCCAGAAUGGCCAUGGUUAGAGGCCUGUAGGACCUGGCAUCCUGACUCCCCUGAUCUGCCUGAGGAGGCAGCAGGGCUUAGGGUUGCAGACUCUCUGAAGAGCCCCGGCCCCUGAAGACAACCCUUGAGGGUGGCUUGUUGGGAGGGAGGGGGCCUCAACCUUCACUGUCUCUUGCCCACUGUCCCCAGCCUCAGAGCAGGACCAGAGGCACCACUCUUCAACCCAGGCUGUUUUGGGAAGCAGGAGAGUGUAGCGCUGCCCACCACACCAACCAGGCAGGGCUCACUUCUGGCUUGACGCCGGCUUGGAGCUCAGCCCACUCAGUCUACUCGCUAGAGGGUCUCUGCCCUGCAGGCAGCCCACUACACAACUCUGCCAGCCUCUCCACAGAGAAAGAACAGGAGGUCAUAGGGAGGAAAAGGGGUGCCUGGGGGCUGGGGGAACUCACCCAGUCCUUUCAGCCCAUAGGAGUCUUCACCCUGAGGAAAGCCUGAGCUUCCCCAGCUGUCCCUUCUGGCCACAUGAUGCCCAGACCUUGCCGGCCAGGAGGGAAAUACACAGAGACACAUGGGCCCCUUGCUCUUUCUGUCUCUGGAAGGUGCUUAUCUUUCUGAUGGGCUUGUAAGACACUGUCGAUUCUAUAUAGAGAAGAGGGGUCUGAGGCAUGUAAACGCUGCACCAAGGGCAGGUUCUUGGAGCUUCUCUGUGCAGGAACAGAAGGCAGAUGCAAUGACAGAGGUCCUGAAAUAUUGCCGGAUUACACGGGACUCCACUCUGUCCCUGGUCCCCGCUCCCAUCAUCCUUUUCUGGGCUCCUCCUGGGAGGUCCUGAGCUGGCACCAUCCCAGGAAAAUGGAGAGAGAGAGAGAGAGAGCUACCAGCCCACCAGCCACUGAGCACAGGGCCUCUCUCACUGAGUGUAGUGAGUGUAGAUGAAGGGAGGGACACAGGGCUGGCAUGGCUGCUGGAUAGCCAGCAGGGCUCAGGAAGGCUCCCUAGAAGAGUACUUCUUUGGCAGGGUUUAGAAGGAUGAGGAGAAUUUAUCAAAGAGAUUUGUUUUCCCACAACCCUUCGUACUCAUGGACAGGGGUGUGCCAAGAGCCUCCCAGUGGGGAUUCAUACUUGGAUUAUGCCUAGAACAUCCGGGCUGGAGCCAAACUGCAGCCAUUUCUGAGGGCUUCACCAGCUCAGAGAAGAAGGUUGGGCCUGUCACUCAAAGACCAGUGAUGUCUUCCUACCUCUGAAUGCUGGGGGAGUGGAGUGUCAGUGGUGGGCCCCUGGUCAGCCUUAGGGCUUCUUCACUGCUGCCCCCACUCAGAGCUGUUUUCAACACCUCAACCACUAGGGAACAUAGAGAAUUUUAGAGACAUCUGGGCAGGCAGGAGGGCAGCACAUUGGGAGGCAGACCUGUUGGGGCUCAAGCUACAGGACCUCAUUGUGCAUGAUUUGGGGACCUGGUCAUACCCAGGCCCCAUCCAGAGCCUGGGGCUGUGGACCCACCGCUGACCCACCUUGUCCCACCAUCCUCCUCCACCCCAGGCGUUGCCAAGCCCUCCACUCUCUGCACCCUCUGAAGUCCCACAGGCCCAGGCUCAGCAGUUUUAAUGUCCCAUAUUGUAUAUAUUUAUCCUUGUAAUAAACGUUUCUGUAACACCUGGCA